CGCCAGGCCCCGUUGGAGUCUAGGAUGUUCAGUCUCUUGAUACCUCUGUUGACGUUGGCCGCCAGGCCACUGACAGCGAGCCCUGUGUUGCCUCGAGCGUCAGCGCCUACUGUCAAUUUGUCCUAUGGAGCGUUUCAGGGUUAUACCGAUGGUGAAGUGGAUGCAUUUCUUGGUAUGCCUUUUGCCGAACCACCAGUUGGAAAUCUGCGCUUCAACCUCCCUCAGGCGCCAACUGCCUUUGACGGCAUUCAACAAGCAGUGUCAUUCGGACCAGCCUGUCCGCAGCAAGGCCUUGUCCUUCCAGAGAGUGCACCCUCGAACUUGGGCUGGUCGCCCCCGAGUAUCUCGAUCAUCUCCGAAGAUUGUUUGUCGAUCAAUAUCUUCAAGCCGUCGUCUGCAUCCGCAGGCGACAACUUGCCCGUUGUUUUUUGGAUUUUCGGAGGGGGAUUUGAGCUCGGAGAUUCCGCGCUAAAUCCCGGGACGACGCUUGUCGAGCGUUCAAUUACUCUCGGCGAACCGAUCGUAUUUGUCUCUCAUAACUACCGUCUGAGUGGUGGUACGGAAGUGAAAGAAGCUGGUGUGGGAAACUUGGGACUCAGAGACCAGCGUUUUGCCAUGCAAUGGGUUAACCAGUACAUCUCGGAGUUUGGCGGUGACCCUAGCAAAGUUACCAUAUGGGGCGAAAGUGCAGGCGCGUACUCGGUUGCCGCGCACUUGAUUUGGAAUGGUGGUAAUACUGAGGGUCUGUUCCGGGGAGCGAUUAUGGCAGAAUCAGGCUCUCCCAUACCGCUUCAAGAUAUUUCUGAAGGGCAGCCGUACUACGAUCAGCUCGUCGAAGAUACUGGCUGCUCGGGGACAGCAGAUACUCUGGACUGUCUGCGCGAUGUACCGUACGAGACGCUCUUGACGGCCGUUGCUCUGAGUCCGAGCAUCUUCGCAUACCAAAGCCUAGAUCUCGCUUGGGAGCCCCGAAUUGAUGGCGAUAUCCUAACUCAGGGCGGCCCUGAAUAUUUGAUGUCUGGUCAAUAUGCCAAGGUUCCAAUCAUUACUGGAGACUGCGAUGACGAGGGAACCUUGUUUUCACUCGGUAAUCUGAAUGUCACGACGGAUGACGAAUUCUUGACCUAUAUUAACACGUAUUACCUCACCAACAUUACUUCUUCCCAGUUGGCCUCUGUCGGGGAAGCUUACCCUGCCGAUCCACUUGAUGGUUCGCCCUUUGAAACAGGGUUGCUCAAUAUCUUAACGUCGCAAAACAAACGUUUGGCGGCGUUCCAGGGUGACUGGAUGUGGCAAGCUCCACGAAGAUUAACGCUACAGUAUGUGUCUCAAACCCAAGACGCGUGGGCGUACCUUUACCAGCGAAACAAAGCUGUUCCGUACCUCGGCUCCUUUCACUCCUCUGAUCUGGAUGAAUUUUUCACCGCCAUCGAUUAUGUUGGAACGGAUAUAAUCAUCAACUUCGCGAACAAUCUCAAUCCGAACGCCCCGGAGGGACUGGCCCCAGGCGUCAGCCCUCUUUCGGAAAUCAACUGGGAACAAUGGGGAUCCAAUCCGUCCGCACCGCCGUUGUUGACAUUUAUGGAUCCUACCCCGAGUGUCGAGAUCACGACAGACACGUUCAGGGCAGAUGCGAUGACCCUAUUGAAUAAUCUGGCAAUGGGGAUGAAUUGAAGACAGGCAGAUUAUAGCGUAUGCAAGUGUAUCCAACAACCCUUCUACGAGAACCACGAAGUCACUUCGUUCAGGUAGUAUGACUCGGUAGUGUCAGGAAAAUACACUGCUUCUGAUGGUCAGCGAUC